GACUUUCAGAGAAACAUAGAAGAUAAGUGUAGGGCAGAGUCUGAGCUCAACCAGUUUAAAUAGAGGUCAGAUAGAGUGUGAGUUCAGAACUCCACAGUACACACACCACUGAGAGAUCGAGUGAGAGAGAGAAAAGGAAAAUUAACAACAUGAGCUUCCUGCUGCAAAUUCUUCUCGCUUUGAUUAUCUCUCUUCUUGGGGGACUUUAUGUUCUCGGAGCUUUCCGUCGUCGACGACCUGGAGAACCUCCUCUAGAUAAAGGUCCUCUGCCAUGGCUGGGACACGUCCUGGAGUUCAGGAGGGACACAGCAAAGUUUCUGGAGAGGAUGAGAAAGAAGCAUGGGGAUAUUUUCACUGUGCAGCUGGGAGGGUUUUACUUCACUUUUCUCACAGACCCUCUGUCCUUCGGCUCGGUGGUUAAAGAAGCUCGGGCCAAACUGGACUUUAAUGAGUUCGCUAAACACCUGGUCCAGCGUGUCUUUGGCUACCAUCCCAUGGAAGAUGACCACAAACUUAUUCAGGCAUCCAGCAGCAAGCAUCUGAUGGGUGAUGGUCUGGUGGUGAUAACACAAGCCAUGAUGAACAACCUGCAGAACCUCAUGCUACACAGAAUUGGGUCUGGAAGUACUGAUGACAGAUCGUGGCAGGAGGAUGGGCUCUUCACCUACUGCUAUAACAUUGUGUUCCGUGCCGGGUAUCUGGCGCUUUUUGGAAAUGAUGCAGCCAAGACUUCAGAAAGCCUGGACAAAGCAAAGGAGGUCGACCGAAAGGAGUCAGAAGAGCUCUUUUAUGAGUUUCGUAAAUAUGAUCAACUUUUCCCAAAGUUGGCUUAUGGAGUUCUGGGACCUUCUGAGAAAAUAGAAUCAGAGAGGCUGAAAAGACUUUUCUGGAAUGUUCUUGCUGUGGAGAAGAUGAACACCAAAGAUAACAUUAGUGACUGGGUGUCUGAAUCGCAGCAGAUGCGUGACGAGCGUGGAAUGAACAAGUCCAUGCAGGACAGACACAUGUUCCUGCUUCUUUGGGCGUCCCAAGGCAACACAGGUCCUGCAUCAUUCUGGCUUCUCCUGUAUCUCAUGAAGCACCCAGAGGCCAUGGCGGCAGUGAAGAGCGAGGUCGAUGAGGUUCUGCAUGAAACUGGACAGGAGGUGAAACAUGGAGGUCCGCUGAUUAACCUAACUCGAGACAUGCUGCUCAAAACCCCGGUUCUGGACAGUGCUGUGGAGGAGAGCCUGCGCUUGACGGCUGCUCCGGUACUCACACGGGCCGUCAUGCAGGACAUGAGCCUGAAAAUGGACAAUGGGCGCGAAUACAAGAUCCGCAAAGGUGACCGUGUGUCCCUGUUCCCCUACACGGCUGUCCAGAUGGACCCUGAGGUGCACCCUGAUCCACACACCUUUAAAUACGACCGGUUCCUCACACCCGAAGGCAAGAAAAAGACCGAAUUCUACAAAGGAGGAAAGAAAGUGAAGUACUACACCAUGCCGUGGGGUGCCGGGGUCAGCAUGUGUCCCGGGAGGCUCUUUGCCGUCAACGAGCUCAAGCAGUUCGUAUUCCUUAUGCUGACAUAUUUUGAAUUUGAGUUGAUGAACCCAGAUGAAGAGAUCCCAGACAUCGACGUGAGACGAUGGGGAUUUGGGACGAUGCAGCCGACACGAGACAUCCCCUUCAGAUACAGGCUCAGGUUUUAGACAAGGAAAAUGUUCAUGCUAAUAACCUUCUACACGUUUCCUGCAUGCUAGGGUUGAGUUCAUUACAUCAUUUUUUUUGCUUUUAUUAAUAUUUGCUAAUCAUUUUGUGGAUCACAUUCAGCACUAGUUUCUUAAAACAGUUUUUUAUUUCCUUUUAUAACAUUCUUUUUAUUAUUAUUAAAUUCUAACCAGUUUUUAAAGAAAGUAUUAACAAACAUUGUCCUUAUCAGUGCUCAGGAAUCAUAAUGGCCUCAUGUCAGACACUUCAGUCUGUACAUAAAUGCUGUAAUAUAAAAGAUUUAUUUUAAUCUGAUGAAUAAAGAUAAUACUAUUCUUA